AUGGCGUCCAGGCUUUGUGCUGGUGAGCACAAUGGGACCAGAGGGACCGGAGAAGCAGCCCCGAGGUGGGACGGGGGCACGGAGCCAGGGCCAGGUGAAUGCCGGGAGCAAAGGCAUCCCCCACUGCAGCCCUGCGGCAGCACGGCCCCUUCUUGCGGUUUCAUUUUUUUCCUGCACUCAGCACUUCAUAAAAGCAUCCGAUGUGACCACAGAGCAAUCUCCAGCCCCAUCCCAGCACCGCAGCCGCCGUUGUGGACCCGAGGGGAAGGGGAGCGUCUGAAUCCAGGAGGCCUUCGCUGCGCCAGAGCUGGAUGGGACGUUUCUGAUGCUCGGGUGCGAUGAGCACACCCCAGCCCGCUGCUUCGGCUGCCGUGCCUCCUUGCCUGCAUGCACCACGGGGCACAUCAGGGCCCCUUGUCCCUGAGCACAUAAUGGACACUGGCACCCCCAAAUCUGCUGAACAAAUACAACCAGGAAACUUCUACGGAAUGGAUGGGAGCCCGGUACAAAGUUAUGGGCUCUUCCCGAGAAAGAGGUGCUGGUGAAACGUGCAGGAUGCACCCCGAGGACCACUGCCAGGGCAGGGAUGAUGAGAGGUUAAGGUGUGAUAGCACGUGGUCCCCCAAGGGUCUGCCCCGGGGCCCUCCAAGCUUGAUAACCCCCAAAAGGGCCCCAAAAGUGUAAGGGGAAUGCUGGCAGAGGCGCUGAGCACAAAGCUGGGGAUGCUGUCAGUGCCCGGGAGAAGAGGGGGUGACCUUGGGGAAGAGUGCCAGAGCCACAGGAUGAAAUUUCAUAAGGCUGGGAGCAAGGUCGAGCCUUUCAGGAGCAACCUGGAGAAUCUGAGCUGGAAACUCAUCCAGGGAACAGGACUGGGGUCACAUCCUGCCCCUUUGCCUUUUUGGUGGAGAUGAGCUGCAGCUGCACCAUGGGCAGGGCUGGAUAAAAGCAUCACCUGGGAGGGGGUUUGGGGGCAUGGGGCUGGCUCAGCCCUGUGGUGUGAGCAGGGAACAGGCACCAGAGGCUGCUUUUGGCAGAGAAUGAGGCUGGCUGAGGUCAGGGUGGGAUUUGUCACGUCCCUUGGCUAUGGGACAGGGAGUUUCAGUGACAAUGAGUGGAGGAGGGAGAGGCGAAGAAGGAAAAUGGAAGAGAAAGGGUUUGCUUCGCCCUGCUGGUCCCUGAUGGUGUGAGCAAGGUGCUAAUCUGAUCUAAUGGCAUGGAGGGGGGAUUUUUAAUGUGUCUUUUCAGGAGCAAUUGCAGCAGGGAGAGGGAGGUGCUGUAAUGAAAACGCUCCAUCAUCGGCCAGAGCCAUUAACCUGUCGCGCUCGGCUUAACCAGCCUGCGGAGAGCACCAAGGCUGCUUCCCAGAGCCAAGCGCUGCCUGGGCUCCAGUUACCAGAGCCACCACUCAAACUGGGUGACCAGUUGAUGGUCCCAGCCAGGAGCACGGUGGCACCGGUGCUUGGGGGACCCCGUCCUGCCCCUACAAUUAGGGACAAACCGUGGCCGUGUCCCCGUGCCGCGGGCAGGGGGUUGCCGUCCCAGUUUGCGCGAGUUUUGGAGAUGCCGGAGCCAGUCCUUGGGCUCGCUCCAGCUCCUCCCGCAGCAGGAGUUAUUUUUACCCUCUUUCAGGUAAAGCUUUUGCGGGGGAGAGGGACGGGGGAUGCUAUAAUUAGCUGUGACAUCAGCCCCCGUGGCGGCGCGUGCUGGGACGAUGCCGCCGUGCCCCGACCUGCGGCUGGGGACCGGGGAUGCUCCGUGCCCUUGUCCCCUGCUGCAGUGGGGGCAGCGGGAUGGUGGCAGGAGCUGGGUUGUUCCUGGCUCCAGCUCGGUCUUUGGCCGCUUUUUGGGGUGGUUUGGCCCCGCUCUGUGCCUUGCAGCUCAUCACGGGCUGGGGAAAGGAGGUUCCCCGGAGCGGGGGAGCACGGAGGCGGCGUGGGGUGGGGGUGGGGGGGGAAGGCAGGAGGGGGAUUUGACGGCAGCAACAGCACAUUUCACAGCCUGUCACGCUUUAAUGGCAGAGGAGAUCAAAGCCGGGAUGGAGUUAUUCAUAGAGAUAAACCAAUCCCCGAGGAGGCGAGGAGAAAACAACAUUGCAAGCUCUGUUAUCCCAGGCCUGCAAGCAGCAGCCCGGCCCCGGGGAGGCUGUUGCAGGAGGUGCCCUGGGAGCCAGAUCCGCUCGGCUCCAUCCUGGCAAGGCCUGGCCAAGCUGGGGCUGGGCUGCCUGCACCUUCCCUGGGGGGGUCAAUGAGGUUGGAUGCAAUCCUACAGCACCCAGGAGUAGGGUUUGGGGGUGGAUGUUUGGUGGGGCGAGCGGGCUGCCGUGCGCCUGCGAUGCACCAGAGAGGGGGGGGAAAAAUUUAGGCUUGCAACAUUUGGGGCAGCUGCAGCUCCCGAAUAAGAGGCAGAGUCGGGGCAGCCUUCACGCUGCUCCUGGGCAGAGGAGGCGGGUGAGCAAGGUGGGAUUGCCCGGGCGGCCAGGAUCUCUGCUGGGACUAAUCCUGCCGCACUUAUCAGAUGCUGCCACCUUGCCUCUGCUUGCACCGUCGGCCAAGCCAGGCGCAGCUUGUGUUAUCCGACCCUUUAUCCCCCCAGAUUAGACGCUUCACAGUGGAUUAGCAUGUCACAUUCUAAUGCAGAAAAAUUGAUGAUUAAAAAGGACUUUUUCUCUGUAUUAUUCCCCACCUCCGCCUCUUCUCCACCCUGUCCCCAUGGGCCCAGGCAGUCCAGCCCCGGCUACGCACACGGGUGAUGUGGGAAUCCUUUCCUGGCUUGUGCAGGGGAUGGGAAAACAAAGGUCCUGUUUUGGGGCCAUGCAGGGCUGCUGUGCUCCAUCCUGGCUGGCUUUGGUGACAGAGCCUGGGGUGCCUACAACCGGGAUGCUCCCAGUCCCUGCCGGCCCCGUGCCAUCCUGCCCGGGGCUGUCGUCUGCAGACCCAGAAUCUGCAGCUCAGGACUUUAAUAAAAAGCACAUUAUGGUGAGUAAUGCGCUAAGUGGACUUCAUUAUGGACCUGGGGCCUCCCUGGCUCCCGUUGUUCCAUAUCAUUUCAUAUCAGACGAGCCUUAUCUCCUCUCCAAACGUUUCCAUUUAAACUCCAUUAAUCUUUCAGAACCUCCCUGGCCCGGCGCUGCUCAGCGCUUCCCAGCCAGCCCUGCCUGGUGCCGGGGCUGUCGGCAUCGUGGUCCCCUGGGGUCCUGCUGCUGGGGGAGGGAUCUGGGGGGGCUCUGUGGGUAUCCACGGCCGGGCUCCUCUGUGUAUCCACCACGAUGGCUCCAGCAGCUGCCUUAUCCUUCUUGCUGAGGACCCAUUUACGCUCCUAUAAUUGAAACAGUUUGUAACGCCGAGGGCUCGCUGGGUGAUUUACCCAUCUGCAGCAGCUCCCGUGCCUUGGAGGGGGGCAGCAGCACCGUGCUGGCUCCUGCCCCACCAGGAGCAGAGGAGGAGGCUGCCGAGGUGCCGCUAAUUCCGGGGCCCCCAGGAUUAUUCUCCAGGCGGACACUUAUCCGAAAGCCUUCCCGUGUUUCCUGCCGCCUGUGAAUUACCCAUAAGCAGGUUGCAAUUUUUUCCGACAUCCUUCACAAUUGCUUAGACAGUUCAUGCAAACAUUCAAGCCGAUGUUUGUAUUGGUGGUGGUAGGGGGGGUGGAAAUUGUAUUCCGAGCGGGUUUUCUCGCUGCGUUCGCCUGCUCCAGCUCUGCGCACCGCAUGGUUUUCAAAUCAAAUCUAAUCCAAGCAAGGUGGUUACACAGCCCCGGCGUGUGGCUGCUCUGCGUGAGGCUCACCGCUGCCUUGUGGGGCUGCUGGGGCAGCGAGAAGGGGCUUAAAAUCCCCCAUAAACUGAGGGUGGGGGGAGCCCCUGCCCCAGUGUCCCUGGCUCUGUCCUGGUGCUGGGAUCCUGGGUGCAAAUGCAGCGGAUCCUCCAUGCAGGGGGGAAAAAAUAUUCAGGAGGAAAAAAAAAAGUUGUAAUAUCCAAGUGUCAAGGCCUGUAUAAAUAAAUAAGAGCCUGAGAUGGUGAGGUGCAUCUUGAGUCAUGGUUGUUUCGGGAAUUGCAGUGAUGCCUGCUGCUUCGAGAGCCCCGGCUCUGACCAAACUCUGCAGGCGAUAAAACAAAGGCAUCUAUAAAAAGCCAGAUAAAUUAAAACUGAGGCAAAAGGCCAUGAGACAGUUAAUUUCCCGGAUCUCCCUGGGGAGAUCUCUGCCUCCUGCGUGGCUCCAGGUGCUCAGGGGAGCUGCUCCCCCUGCCCCAGGUUGUCCCCGUUUAGCACUGGUGAAAAGGAGAAGCCACCUGCAGAGCUUUCCUGGGUGAAUUCUUUGAAAUACCCUCGGUCACCGAACGCGCUGUGUGCUCAGCUGCUGCUGCUCAGCUUGGCUCUCAGAUAAAGACUGAAGGGGAGAUAAAGGGGAAAUCGUUUGGAAAAAACAAAUUCCAUUUUCUGGUGGUGUUUCAGGGUUUUAUUUCCAGCCUGUGGCUCCCACGAGGGCUGGUAUCCGGGGUGCGUGUGCCUGGAGCUCCGCGGUCGUGGCAUCCCUGCCUCCAUCGCGGCCAGCCAGAUGGUGCUCGAAAGCCUCCUCAUCUCUUCCAGCAGCUGAAGAUACCAUUAAACCUUAUUAAUAAUAAUUAAUAAUUAAUUUCCUAAUGAUUUUGUGUGCAAAGGCAUCUCAAGAGGAGCAGGAACAGCCUGGCGGGGCCCCAAAGGUGCAUCUGAGGCGCUCGGAGCUCUUGGCACAACACCUCCGGAGCUGCUAACGAACCGGCUGCGAGGCGCAGGCACGCGUCGGCCCCCGCUGUGCCAUGCCCGGCACUGAUGUCCUCUGCCUCUUGUUCCUGACCCUCUUCUGCUGCUUUUGGCUCUGCCAAAAUCCCAGGGGGUUUGGG